CUCCCGCAGCAAGCUAUACACACACACAUCGUGGAGUACGGCAGUCCAUGCAGUCCAUGCAGCCCAUGCCUCAUGCCUAUACAUCCAUAGAUACAGCAUCCGUCCGCUCACUCUCUUUCUUUCUCUCAUGUCUAUGAAUACGUGGGCCAGAGCGAGAGCGGGACCGGGAUUGAGAUUGCACUUCCUCAUACGUGGAGGACACCGUGGCCGGCUCGCACCAUCGGACACGACAGCCGUAACCGCACGCGCCCUAUCCGCCUUUUACCACCCUCGCCCUCAUCAGCGGGAGAUUGGCUUAGGAUUGACAUUCGUGAGCGUGCGCACGACGAGUAGUGGCAGCCGGGGCUGGGGUCAUAAGAAGUUCCAGCCGCAUCAACGGGCUAGUAAAGUCGUUAGCUUACGGGAGUGGCUAGCCAUGGAUCCGGAGGUGGAAGCGCUCUUGGCGCCCUUGCGGGCCUUGGUCAAGGAGCAGGGCGAUGUGGUGCGAGAACUCAAGACCCAGAAGGCCCCCGAAAUGGACGUCAAGAAGGCCGUGGCCGAGCUCAAGGUUCGCAAGAAGACCUUGGAGGACAAAGAACUCGAACUCACUCCGGCCGAGGCAUUUUUUGACCGGGCCAAGAUGGAAGAUUUACUAAAGCGUCGCUUCUUCUACGACCAAUCGUUUGCCAUCUACGGGGGCGUGUCCGGUCAGUACGAUUUCGGCCCCAUGGGUUGCGCCCUCAAGGGCAAUCUGCUCAAUUUGUGGCGCUCGUUUUUCGUCAUGGAAGAGCAAAUGCUGGAAGUGGACUGUACCAUGCUCACCCCUGAGCCCGUUUUGAAGGCCUCGGGACACGUGGACAAGUUUGCCGACUUGAUGGUCAAAGACCUGAAGAAUGGCGAAUGUUUCCGUCUCGAUCACUUGAUCAAGGCCCAAUUGGAGAAGGUCAAGUCCGAGAAGAAGGCCACGGCCGAAGUCAAAGCUCGAUGUGACGAUAUCAUCGUCAAGUUGGACAACAUGGGCGCUCCUGAGAUGUCGGCCAUCAUGAAAGAGUUCAGCAUGAAAUCUCCCGUCACCAACAAUGAUCUGUCCGAGCCCAUGGAGUUCAAUCUCAUGUUCCAAACGCAUAUCGGGCCCACGGGCCUCAUGAAGGGCUUCCUCAGGCCCGAGACGGCCCAAGGCAUCUUUGUGAACUUCAAGCGCCUUUUGGAGUUCAAUCAGGGCAAACUGCCGUUUGCGGCUGCGCAAAUUGGCAACGCAUUUCGAAACGAGAUCUCGCCGAGAUCCGGAUUGCUCCGUGUGCGAGAGUUCACCAUGGCUGAAAUCGAGCAUUUCUGCGAUCCCCAGGACAAGUCUCAUCCGAAAUUUGACGACAUCCGUGGUACCGAGAUCUGCCUGUACUCGGCAGCCAAUCAAAUGGAGGGCAAGUCCGUUUAUAAAACCACCAUCGGCGAGGCUGUUGACUCGGAUUCAAACCAUUUCCAAACUCUCUCUACUCUUGACGACCUUUACUACUUCAACAAAUACCUCCUUCAUCGGCCAUAUAUCCGAGAUUUUGCUCCUUCCCAAUGGGACAACAUCCUUUCCCAACACGUUAGCUUCACUUAUCCAACGAUUCCCAGUGCCAUGUCUAAUGUGACCCGAUGGCACACCCAUUUGGCCAGCUUUGAUCCACAAGAACGUCAAUCCUGGCCGGGCAAUCCAACCCAAAGCUUGGACGAGAUAGUCACGGAGCUUUUCGGGUCUCAAUCUCGACCCAAGAGCACUGUGGCCAACCACACCAUUGGUUAUUUCAUGGCCAGGAUCCAGCAAUUCCUGCUGAAGAUUGGGAUCGACCCCAAGCGACUGCGCUUCCGCCAACACAUGGGCAACGAGAUGGCCCAUUACGCUUGUGAUUGUUGGGACGCCGAGAUAUUGACCUCCUACGGUUGGGUCGAGUGCGUGGGAUGUGCUGAUCGUUCAGCCUUUGAUCUCAACCAACAUUACAAGGCCACAGGGGUCAAGCUUUGUGCGGAGAAGCCCUUGCCUGAGCCGGUUAUGGAGAACGUGGUCGAGUUGAUCACCAAUAAGUCGGCCUUGGGCAAGACCUUCAAGAAAGAGGCCAAACUGCUUACGACCCAUUUGGCCAAUUUGGACACUGCCGCCGUCGAGUCCAUCGAGUCGAGUUUGAAUAGCACAGGUCAGCACAGCGUGGAAAUCGAUGGCCAGACCUUUACCCUUACCAAAGACAUGAUCGUGGAGGUGAAACGCUUUCAAAAGAAGGUCUUCGUCGAGGAGAUCAUUCCCAGUGUGAUCGAGCCCUCUUUCGGAGUGGGACGCAUCAUGUACUCGCUCCUGGAGCACAGCUUCCGAGUUCGUCCGGAUGAUGAGCAACGUACUUAUUUCUCCCUGCCCGCCUGGAUGGCGCCCAUCAAGUGCUCCGUUUUGCCCCUGUCCAACAACCCGGACUUCAUCCCGUUGGUAAAGUUGUUGUCCAAGGCCUUGACCGAGGCUGAAGUCUCGCAUAAGGUGGAUGACAGCUCUGGAUCCAUUGGCAAGAGAUAUGCCCGGACCGACGAAGUGGCCGUUCCAUUCGGGAUCUGUGUGGACUUUGACAGUCUCAAAACGCCCCACACGGUCACCGUGAGAGAGCGUGAUAGUACCCUUCAAGUGAGGAUGCCGGUGGACGACGUGCCUGAGGUCUUGCGACGCAUGUCCCAAGGGAAAUUGCUUUGGGAUGACGUGAUGAAAAAAUACCCCAAGUUCGAGCAACAGCAAAGCUCCCAGAAGUAAUAGGGAAUAAAAGUGGUGGUUGUGUUAUGCUA